AAAUACACGGUCAGAAACGGCGCCACUUGCAGUUUCCCCGCGAAGAAACGUUUUCCAAUCCCUUCCUUUCGCGACAAUGGUUUGAUCCGGACUUCCUCCGGUUUGGGGCAGCGCUGAGAGGUCACGGGGAGGUUGCUGGCGGUUUCCGAAGAGUAGCUAAUUGAAGAUUAUGGCGUAUUCUGGUCCCGGAGGCGCCUAUUACCAGGGCGGGUAUGGAAGUGCUCCAGGUGGACCAGCAUUUCCUGGUCAGGCUCAAGAUCCAUUAUAUGGUUAUUUUGCUGCAGUAGCUGGGCAGGAUGGGCAAAUAGAUGCCGAUGAGCUACAAAAAUGUCUGACUCAGUCCGGAAUUGCUGGUACCUAUAAACCCUUUAAUUUAGAAACUUGCAGACUCAUGAUUUCCAUGCUUGAUAGAGAUAUGUCUGGCACAAUGGGCUUCAAUGAAUUUAAAGAACUUUGGGCUGUACUGAAUGGCUGGAGGCAACAUUUUAUGAGCGUGGAUGGUGACCGCAGUGGUACAGUUGAUUCUCAGGAACUGCAAAAAGCAUUGUUAUCCAUGGGAUUUAGAUUGAGUCCACAGGCCAUCAAUGGAAUUGUGAAACGAUACAGCUGUCGUGGAAAGAUCAGUUUUGAUGAUUAUAUAGCCUGCUGUGUAAAACUCAGAGCUCUUACUGAUAGUUUUCGAAGAAGGGAUGCAGCCCAGCAAGGGAUGGUGAAUUUCCAAUAUGAUGAUUUCGUUCAGUGUGUCAUGAGCAUCUAACUCAGAAUGAAGACAGACAGAUGAGCAUGGAUCUACAUUCCAUAUCACUUUGCUUUGCGUCAAACAAAUAUGCUAUGUAACUAAAUUGUGAUAUUUGCAUAUUUUAUAAAUAUUAAUCAAUAUGCUUUUAUAGUUUUUGUAACUAAUGAAAGAAGGAAAUACAAUAAAUGUUGUUUGAGUGGA